UCGCUUCUAUGAACACUAGGUAACGGAACGAAAGCUUGAAAAAGCUGAUCCCUUUGCAAUAAAUUGGUGUUGAUCCUACUGAAUAUAAAUACAUCUCUUCCUCCUCUUCCAAGUGAUUGUGUGAAUGCGAAUUGGGAAGGGUAAAGAUGGGAGACGGCAACAUCGGUUCUAGCUCUAGCAAUAGAGGCAACAGCGGCGGCGGCAGCAACAGUAAUAAGCCCGAAUGGCUGCAACAGUACGAUCUGAUUGGGAAGAUCGGAGAAGGCACUUACGGGUUGGUUUUUCUGGCGAGGAUUAAGUCCAAUAGGAGCAAGUGUAUCGCGAUUAAAAAGUUUAAGCAGUCCAAGGAUGGAGACGGUGUUUCCCCUACCGCUAUCCGCGAAAUCAUGUUGCUUCGAGAGAUAAAUCAUGAGAAUGUGGUGAAGCUUGUAAAUGUGCACAUUAAUCAUAUGGACAUGUCACUCUAUCUGGCUUUUGAUUAUUCUGAGCAUGAUCUCUAUGAAAUAAUUCGACAUCAUAGGGACAAGGUUAGCCAAAUGAUCAAUCCAUAUACUGUCAAGUCAUUGCUUUGGCAGCUACUGAAUGGGCUGAACUAUCUCCACAGCAACUGGAUCAUACAUCGAGAUCUGAAGCCGUCAAAUAUCUUAGUUAUGGGUGAGGGAGAAGAGCAUGGAGUAGUAAAAAUUGCUGAUUUUGGACUUGCAAGGAUUUAUCUAGGUCCCUUGAAGCCAUUAUCCGAAAAUGGGGUGGUUGUGACUAUUUGGUAUCGUGCACCAGAGUUGCUUCUUGGGGCAAAGCACUAUACUAGUGCUGUUGAUAUUUGGGCUGUAGGAUGCAUAUUUGCUGAGCUUCUAACAUUGAAGCCACUGUUCCAAGGGCAAGAAGUGAAAGCCAUUCCAAAUCCUUUUCAGCUUGACCAACUUGACAAAAUAUUCCGAGUCCUUGGUCAUCCCACAACAGAUAAGUGGCCAACAUUAGUGAAUCAUCCACAUUGGCAAGCAGACGUUCAACAUAUUCAAUCUCAUAAAUACGAGAGUCCUGGACUUCACAGUGUUGUGCACCUGUCUCCAAAGUCAGCUGCAUUUGAUCUGCUUUCCAAGAUGCUGGAAUAUGAUCCUAAAAGGCGUUUAACUGCACAACAAGCUCUUGACCAUGAGUAUUUCAAGCUCGAACCUGUUCAUGGACGAAAUUCCCUGCACCCAAUACAACCUGGAGAAAAAAUUGUCAAUUAUCCUGUCCGUCCAGUGGAUACAACAACAGACUUUGAAGGCACAAGUGUCCUUCAAUCUUCUUCUCAACAGGUGUCAUCUGGAAAUGUGUCGGGUUCUCAUGCUGUACAAACUAGAACUGCACCUCGACCGAUGCAACAUAUGGUAGGUAUGCAAAGAAUGCAAGGUCAAGGAAUGCCACCUUAUAAUAAUAAUAUGGGUCAACAAAGUGGGAUGGGUGGCGGUAUGAAUCCCAACAUGCCUAUGCAACGCGGUGUUACUCCUCAACAGCAGCAGCAGAUGCGAAGAAAGGAACAAGGAAUGCCAGGAUAUCCUCCGCAACCAAAAUCAAGGCGAUUUUAAGUACUAUAUAUAUAUUAUUGUCUUCGUCCCGAACCAUUUUCAAUUUUUUUCUUACUACACAUUUUAAUGGAGUUUGACUGUUAAAAUCCUUCUUCUCCAAAUAGUAAUAAUAGAAACUACAUACAUGAUAUGUAUUACAGUAAAACCUUUCUGUUAUUAUAAAUAUGAGAACUUACUAGCUUGGUAAGUGGUAUUCA